AGCGUCUGACAGAUUUGGCUUCGAGGACCAGCUUCAUGGGCACAGCCAGCACUCUGAGAACCUCGGUCAGGAGCAUGUUUCUGAGGCCCUCGCUUGCUGUCUUCCUUUUGUGCGUGGUGACAGCCUCCUGCUCUGCGCCCCAGAACUGUGAAGAUGUUCAAAAGACCUGUUCAGUGAUUGCCUGCAACACCCCAGGCCGAGAUGGGCGAGACGGACCCAAGGGAGAAAAGGGAGAGCCAGGAGAAGGGCUCAGAGGUCUGCAGGGCCCUCCCGGGAAACUGGGACCUCCAGGAAUUCAGGGCCCCCCCGGGAUUCCAGGGCCCAAGGGUCCCAAAGGAGAUCAAGGAGACUGUUCAGCUGUGGAGGCCACGUUGGCUCGCUUAGAGCAAGAAAUGAGAAGCCUGAAAUCAGAGCUGGACAGAGUCAAAAAUCUGCAAAGCUUCUCCUUGGGCAAAAAGAAUGGGAAGAAGUGGUAUGUAACCAACAGGGAAAAAAUGCCUUUUGUCCAAGCGAAGUCACUGUGUGCUCAGCAUCAGGCCACCAUCGCCACCCCCAAGAACGCUGAGGAGAACCAAGCCAUUCAGAAUGUGGCCAACGACUCUGCCUUCCUGGGCAUCACAGAUAUGCAGACGGAAGGCCAGUUUAUGUAUGUGACUGGAGGGAGGAUCACCUACAGCAACUGGAAGACGAAUGAGCCUAAUAAUCACGGGUCAGGGGAGGACUGUGUGAUCCUCUUAAAAGAAGGCAUCUGGAACGACGUCUCCUGCUCAUCGUCCUACCUGGUUGUCUGUGAAUUCCCAGCCUGAGAACAUGGCUUCCUUCCCGCUGAGUUCUCUGUUGCUCUGAAAGGGAAUUUGAUGCUGGUUUUACCAAUGCCAGGUGUUGGCAUAGGCGGGUUUCCUCACUCACACACACACACACACAAACACACACACACACAGAGGUACUCACACAUCACAUACAUAUACCACUGUGUUGUAGUUGUGAGGGUAGUUGAGAACAAAGUUGGCCUUCUGGCAUUCCUGGGUCUGGUUUGAUUUACCAGCAGCACAAGAGGGGACAAAUGGUUGGGUAGGCUGUGUCCCUCUCCACAAGACAUCACUGGUGGUUUCAUUUCCUCCCCAGCCAGCAUCCAAAUCCUUCUUUCUUGCAGUUCAAAGUUUAGUUACUCCAUUGUUAGUAGAUAUAAGAGAGAAGCGCUGUGAAAGAGGAG